UAAGCGCGCCUCCAUCAGUACCUUGGGGCCACCACAACUUCUCUUCAUUCUCUGGGAGAGAUUCCGUCGACUGCUACUCUAGGAGAGCGCAGAAAAUCUUCCUGAGACCCAAAGACAAAGUACGAGGUGACGAUGAAGCUUGCUACAAUUCGCAGCGCUUGCGUUAGCAUCCGAGCGUGUACUUCCCGUCCAGGAAGCAGAUUCGGCGGCAUGGCUCAGGGAUGUCUGCCGACCAACAGCCGGUUAACCCUCCGGACGGAUAGCACUGCUCCUAGCAGCGGUACCAGCCCGACGUUAACUGCAAACUUUGGAAAACAGCACAAAGAGGAUGACUGGUCGAAACGCAAUAGAUCAAUGGGGGAAGUGGUUCAGAAUACCAAGGAGGCAAUCGCGACACUGCAAAGAAGAAAUCCUGAAAUCCAGCCUCUGUUAGUCAUUUUACAGGCUGGUGAAGAUGACGGCAUGUUGGAGGUCAAUAAGAAAACAGCAGGCAAGAUUGGCUUGAAUGUCUCUCAUAUUUGUUUGGUAAAGAACUGCAGUGAAGAUGAAAUAGUGGAGGAGUUGCUAAAGCUCAACGAUGACCCCAGGGUGCACGGAGUCUUCCUCCACCUCCCGCCGACCUCCCUCACCAGUCGAGUACUCAACACGCUCAAACCAGAGAAGGAUGUUGAUGGUAUUUCAGAUUUGAAUAUAGGCCGCCUGGUCAGAGGGGACGUGAGCAAAGGUUUUAUACCACCAAUAGCAAGUGCUGUCUUGGAUCUGCUGGAGAAACAUGAUGCUGCUUUGAAAGGGAAAUCCGUGUUGCUGGUAGGAGGACAUGGACCCCUCAGGAUGGCCCUACAGUGCCUGAUUGAAAGAAGUGGGAUGACGGUUCAAACAAAUCAUUGGAACUCAAAGAGCUUGAAGACGCAGGUAAUGCAGGCUGAUGCCGUGGUUGUGUUAAGUGCAGGAAAUGUGGACAUUCUGCCCUCCUGGGCCCGACCAGAGGCCGUCAUCAUUCACGGCGAGCCGGCACUGGAGCCAGAUGAUGACAUCAUUGACUUGUCCUCAAGAUCUGGAUUAGGAUACCUCACAGCUGCCUACAGAGCACAGAACGUGGUACACAGCUGCAGUCGGUGGAUCCAGGAGCAGCAGUAUAGACCCUGGCGUCUGCACAACCUUAAGCUGCAGCCUUUAAACCCUGUUCCAAAUGACAUUGAGAUCUCAAGGGCUCAGACGCCAAAGCCAGUAGAUCGGCUGGCUGAGGAAAUUGGUUUGCUGCCAGAGGAGCUUGAAGCUUAUGGCAGGAACAAAGCUAAGGUCCGCCUCUCCCUCUUGGACCGCCUCCACUCUCAGCCUGAUGGCAAAUAUGUACUGGUUGCUGGUAUAACACCAACUCCCCUCGGUGAGGGAAAAAGCACAGUGACCAUAGGCCUGGUCCAGGCUUUGUCUGCCCACCUCAAGCUUAACUCCUUUGCUUGCCUUCGGCAGCCUUCUCAAGGACCUACCUUUGGGGUUAAAGGGGGAGCUGCAGGAGGGGGUUAUGCCCAGGUCAUCCCUAUGGAGGAGUUCAAUCUUCAUUUGACUGGUGACAUCCAUGCCAUCACAGCGGCCAAUAACCUGGUGGCGGCUGCUAUCGAUGCCAGGAUGCUCCACGAGGCAACGCAGUCUGACAAGGCUCUGUUCAAUAGACUGGUCCCUUCAGUAAAUGGGAUUAGAAAAUUUUCUCCCAUCCAGAUCUCUAGGCUUCAGCGUCUUGGUAUCAGCAAAACUGAUCCUGCCUCCCUUACACCCCAAGAAGUCAACAGCUUUGUACGCCUUGAUCUCGAUCCUUCAAAGAUCACCUGGCACAGAGUUGUUGAUACAAAUGACCGCUUCUUGAGAAAAAUCACAGUGGGACAGGCAAGCACUGAAAAAGGACAGAUCAGAGAGACUGGUUUUGACAUCGCAGUAGCUAGCGAGAUCAUGGCUAUUCUGGCCCUCGCAGACAGCCUAAUGGACAUGAAGAACAGAUUGGCCCGCAUGGUGGUGGGAACCAGUCGCUCUGGAGAACCCAUCAAAGCAGAGGACCUGGGUGUAAGCGGUGCGCUGGCAGUGCUAAUGAAAGAUGCUAUCAAGCCCACACUGAUGCAGACCCUCGAGGGUACGCCAGUGUUUGUCCACGCUGGGCCGUUUGCCAACAUCGCCCAUGGCAACUCCUCGGUGCUGGCAGACAAGCUGGCUUUGAAGUUGGUUGGACGGGACGGCUAUGUGGUGACUGAAGCUGGGUUCGGAGCAGACAUCGGGAUGGAGAAAUUCUUUAAUAUCAAAUGUCGAGCGUCAGGUUUGAGGCCCAAUGUGGUGGUGUUGGUCGCAACUGUUCGAGCGCUGAAGAUGCACGGAGGGGGCCCAAAUGUAUCAGCUGGCGCACCUCUUCCCAGAGAGUACACUGACGAGAACCUCAGCCUUGUUGCAGGCGGUUGCCGAAGCAAUCUUAAGAAACAAAUCCAGAUAGCUCACCUAUUUGGGGUUCCUGUCGUGGUGGCACUAAAUGUUUUCAGCACGGACACCCAGGCGGAGAUUGACCUUGUGUGUCAGAUAGCCAAAGAGUGCGGUGCGUCUGACGCGGUGCCUUGUCAUCACUGGUCACAGGGCGGGCGAGGCUCUUUAGAGCUGGCCAAGGCUGUGAAAGAGGCAGCUCACAGACCCACAAACUUCCAGUUCCUGUAUAAUACAGAGAUGCCGAUACUGGAGAAGAUCAGAACAAUAGCCCAGAAAGUGUAUGGAGCUGAGGACAUCGAGCUGUCCCCAGAGGCCGGGAGUAAAAUAGAUUACUACAAUCAACAGGGUUAUGAAUCAUUACCCAUCUGCAUGGCCAAGACUCAUCUGUCACUGUCCCACAUGCCUGACAAGAAGGGCGCACCCACCAGAUUUGUUUUGCCAAUCAGAGAUGUCCGUGCAAGCGUUGGAGCAGGCUUCAUCUACCCGUUGGUGGGAACGAUGAGCACCAUGCCCGGCCUGCCCACCCGACCUUGUUUCUAUGACAUUGACCUUGAUCCGGUAACAGAGGAGAUCACCGGUCUCUUCUGAGCAACCUCAAGAUAUUUUUGUUGGUUCUCAGGAUUCAUUACACUCGACUAUUCCCUCUACGUCCGACACAAUAUGAUGACUUACUUUUUCCUCAAAAGGCCAACACUCCGCGCAGCUGUUAAAGAAGCCUCACAUGGACAGCCAUGUGCUCAAAUGUGUCUUAAUCUUUGAUAUUAAAGAAAAUGCAGACUGAAAUACCUCAGGAUCUAAGCUAUUACACAGACAACUAAAAGCUUAACGUGGUGCUCAGUGACAACCCUGCAGACAUAUUUUACCUGACUAGCUUUAAAUUAAAUUGACGCUGUGGUUUCAGAAUCACUUGUUUGAGUUAAAGCCAAAUAUUCUGAAAUAACAAAUCUAUUCUGAGUUUUAGGUUUAUGCUCUAUUUGCACAUUUAUUUGAUAUGCCAAAGAUCUCCAGCCAUGCGACUCAAUGUUACUGAAUACGUUUUUAUGUCACUGCUCUAUCCAAGGUUUCAAAGUAUUAGUAGUUUUAGUCUACUUCAGUUUCUGUUUUUUUAUUCAUUUUUUUUUUUCUUUUUCAUGGUUGAAAAACCCACCUACAUUUCUUAAUGAUGGUAAAAUGCUAUUUAUUCACUACGCUGCUGGUGGAUAAAAUACAACCUGUGAUAAUUGUGGUGCUCACUACUGGUGUUUGUGUAAAAUCAGUGUGCAAGCUGUUACUUAUUCAAAGAAAAUUGUCAAGUUUAAUCAUUUCUGGGUUAUUCUCUUUUUUAUUAUUAUUAAUUUUGUGUGUUUUUUUUUUUUUAUUGAUUAGAUUUGUUUAUUUAUCUCAUCUUAUGGUCCAAAAACUGCAACAACAAAAAAACCCGGCAGAGUUCACCUCUGGGUUUUUAAUUCUAGCCUCUGUUACACGAAUUGUGACUGAAUUUAACUGAAUCUGCUGUUAAAAUUCAAUGGACUAUAACAAAUAUGACUCAAAAGCCAAAAUAUUGUUAAACCCAUUUUUAUUCCUCCAGCAGAUGUAUGUUCAAUAUUUUGGAUUUCAGUGAUCACAAGUGCCUUUCAAAUAAAUCUUUUAUUGCCUCCAA